AUCCUUGGCACAAAUUACGAAACUAUUCUAUGAAAUUUGAAUUUAACUGUUUGCAACGGCAUUUAUGUUAUUUAGAAUAAAAACAGUCAGGGACCCUAGAUGAAAAUUUAUAAACACAAUUAUGUCUCAGCAUCUGCUUGACAAUCCGAACACAACCUCCUUGUUAAAAAAAUCAUUCACAAAGCAAACUUGAUUAUUUCUAGCUAAAGUGGAUCUCGCACCAUUAACAAAGAUCAAAGACAGAAGAGCUAUGGCCUUUCCAAGUCAACCUCCCAGUGUUUGAAAAAAUAUUAUUUCUAUUAUAAGCAUAUAUGAGUAUCAGGUUUUAGAAAAUAUUUGUUUCCAUAAGAUUCCUAUAAAAAAUUAUUCGAGCCGUAAGCGGUGGCUUUGAACUAUACAUUGAUAUUUACGUCACGUGGAUUCUUUUUCGACGCAACACACCCAUUCGACUUAUGGCCUCGUUUUGAAAAUUUCCCCUAACCUAAUUAUACAACUUUUUAGGGCUCAAAUUUGGUUUUAUCACCAUAAAUUUAGGCCGGCUAAAAUUUUUCAUAUUGUUUGUGCUUGUAGUUUAGAUUUUACGGAGAAAUGAAGAUUUGACCGCAAAAAUCAUUCGGGGGGGGGGGGGAACUUUACCCCCCUAGUCGCCAAUCACGGUCAAAUCCCUUAUAAAUUUUUUUAUCUUUUUGUCGUUACAAAAUCAAUAUCGUGAGCAAUACCAUAGUGAAAACUUCCAAGCAUACUAGAAUCAUUGCUCGCAAUCCGAAUCUGAGGUCAAAAAUUUUGUACAAAAUAAUUUGAAGAAUUUUUUAAAAUGAGGUCGUAAGUCGAAUUGGUCUAUGCUUAUAUUUGUCGCGUUAUAAGUCUCUCGUUUGAUUCGCGGGUUGACCCGUGCUCUAGCUAAAUAUUGUAAUUCUCUGUAGGUGCGUAGCUAGCGGAGAGUGUAGGGGGUGUCUAACACCCCUCCAAUAAAUACUUCGUGAAUUCGUCAGUUAAUCUUCAAUUUGCCUACAAAAUCCUUAGUUUGUCGGUAAAAUCAGCUAUCAGUAGGUGAAAUGGCACCUAAAUUUUUCAAUUGAUGACCCUCCACCCGCUAGUCUGAACGGUUAAGCGAUGCCACUGUUCGAAGUAUGUUAUUGUCUGAAUAUGUUAUUUGAAGGAAGUAUGAAUCGAUAUACUAUGAAUUGCCAUAAAAAGGGAUUCACUUGGCACGUAUGAGUUAUUUAUCCAUUGGCAACUUCAGGUUCAUUGCCUCGACGCAACUUGUACCCACUGCAGGUUCUUUGGUAUGCGGUUUGCCAAAAUCCGGAACCUUCGUUUUUGAGGCAUUGUUCCGGAUUUUCAAGCAACAGGUAGAUUGAGUGAACAUUUAUCAGUAAUACUAGGUUGAAGGGAAGUUCUGUUAUGUUACAUCUUUACACAAGCUGAAGCAUAUUACCAGGUAUCAACGUUUUUAUGCAAACAGAUGUGGUAUUCAAUUUCUAGAUUACCGAGCAGAAGACCAAACAACACCGGAAUCAAUCACGGUUUCACACAUACGAUGAAUCAAGCAAGUAUUUCCUUGCUUCUCCUCGCGACAAUUUUCAUUACAAACACAGAACGACACUUGGCUCUCGCAAGCAGUGCUGAUAUUUCUAAACAAUUGACUGAAAGGCUGAAGACAUAUGACAAAAGAGUUAGGCCAUAUCAUAACGUGUCAGCAGUAAAUGUUUCCGUGAAGUUGGGAGUCAUUGGUCUAGGCCCAGUCGACGAAAAAAGCCUGACACUUGGCCUGGACUUUUACUUACGGCAUUGGUGGAGAGAUGAGAGGCUUGAUUUUGGAAAUGAGGCAUUCAACUUCAAUGGUGAUCCAAGUGAUACAAUAUGGGUACCGGACACGUUCUUUCCAAAUGCCGUUGAUAUUAAACAUCACAAAACUCUUACUCCUAGCGCAAGAACCAUAAUAGGGCCUAACGGAACGGUUUACACAAGCAUAAGGCUCACAUUGAAGACCUUUUGCAAAAUGCAUCUCUCAAAUUACCCCUUUGACAAGCAGAUCUGCAAAGUUGUAUUAGAAAGCUACGCAUUUACUGGGAGAGAGAUGUCACUCUCUUGGAAGGAUGCAAAAAUUCCUGUCGAGUAUUUUUCUGAACAUGUGCAGCUAUCAGGAUAUGAUUUGGUAAGCAUUCAUGGAGAAACUGACGUGACAAUCUUCGAUAACGGAGAGAAGUUCGUAUCUCUUGUGGCUGCAGUCAACGUCAAACGUACAUUUACUUACCAUCUGUUCAGUGGGUAUAUGCCAACAACACUUCUCGUAAUACUGACAUGGGCCACGUUUUGGAUCCCGCCAAAAGCUGUGCCGGCGAGGGUUACGCUGAUCGUGACGAACUUCUUGUCUACAAUAUUUGUAAUUCAACAAGAAGGCUUGAAGAUAACUCGAGUUGAUUAUACAACCGCGAUUCAGAUAUUUCUCAUGACAAAUUUGGUUUUUGUUAUGCUGUCUAUGGUAGAAUACCUCAUCGUCCUGAAUACCCCUCCCAAAGUAAAGAAGAAGAAGAAGGUAAUUGUGAUUGCGAACGGGCUAGCGGAUAGUCUUCCUAAUGGAGAUCAAGAGCAAAAGGAGGGAAAGCAACUAGAAGCAAGAACUAUUGCUCAACGCUGCGAUAAAAAUUACUACUACGACGACGUGCAUUUUGUUGAUUAUUAUUCCAGAUUGAUAGUUCCUCUGUUAUAUGCUGCAUUUGUAGCUGCAUACAUAGGAUACUUUGUGAAUAAAACGUGACAGCCAAUAUCGUUCAGGAAACACAAGACUAUGCGGUGCUAUCAACGUUUCAACAUUUACAAACAGUUAUAGAUCUCCUUUUGGAACCAGUUAUAGACCUCCUUUUGGAACCAGUUAUAGACCUCCUUUUCAAUUACUGCAAAGGAGGCUUGCAAACGACACCUGAAUAUGACUACAGAAGGUUUCGGGGCUAUGAAAGCUUCCGUUCUACUUUGCCUCACAAGCGCAAACAUUGAAACAUAGUCUCGAGAGCAAUUAGAUUUCCAUGGCCUUCCAUGCUAUUGAUAUAAAUUUAUCUCAAUUAAACAUAAAUAAAUAUAUCUUUGGAACUGGCAUUAUUGCAUAUAUCUACCUAUAUUAAAUUAUAAAAUACUGAAAUAUUUAUUGGUUGAAUGGUAUAUAUACAUAUUUUAUAUUUCAUAUCCGUCCUUAUUGAAAGGAUAGAUUAGAUCAAACAUGUUGUGCUUUAACUAAAGCAUUUCAUCUCAUAUAAACAGCCAUAAAGAUUUUCUCUUCAUAGUAUUCGAAGGCUUUGUAAUAUAAGUGACAUAUUGUUGAUGGACUUUGUGGAAGACAAACGAUUUACUAUACAGACAGACUAUUGCAGUAAACAAGCGACAACGCAUUCAUGAAACCAAAACACCAGGGUGACAAGACAAAAACCUGAAAUUACCUAUUGAGCAAAUGAAUCAGCUCUAUACAGCCAUGAAAAAUAUUUCUUAAUAAUACGAGAUUGGACCAAUUAAACUUGAUCAGAAAUGUCAACAAAAUCUGACUACAACUGCGGCUAAACAGCAUUUCUGAAUACAAAGCACGGCAGCAAAGCAUAAUGGAUAUUGUCGAAAGGCAGGAGAUUUAAUGAAUAUGAUCCAUUGAAAAAGAUGUUAUGAUAAUCUUUCUGCGUCUUAAGCAGGUUAGAAUCGUCAAGCCAUUGCAGCUGCUCCUAGUGAAAAAUAUAUGAUAGAAAGACAAUGAAAGAAAAAUAGCUUAAUGUCAAAGAGUGUCAGACUCGGAUAGGUAUGUCAACUGUCUUGAUUAAAUGCUGACUCCGCUGUCUAGCAAUGGGAAAAACCAGGCACAAUAUAAUGCCACUGCCAAUACAAGGACAGUGAAUAGUUGAUUUUGAGAAUAUUUUGGAGAAUUGAAAUAAAUUAUAGGAAUAAAUUAAAAAUCAUAAAAAUGAAAGUAGUUAUAGGCCAACGACCAUUUUAGGGAAAUGAAGUUACAUCCUUAUAAAAUUCAAAAUUUACUUAAGACAAAGAAAUUCUGUAAUUAUCUAGCUUCCUUCCAUUGAAAACAAAACAAACUACUUUAACAAUUCUUAAGAAACGUUUGAUAAAACGAACUUACGUAUCAUGAGACAGACGAACGUUUUGUGAAAUGAACAAACAUUUCAUUUCUUAACAAAAAGGCCUCUGUCCCAUUUUAUUCAAAGUGUUUCUUAGAUGCAUGAAAAAUCGCCACAAAAUCUGUCCAA